AUGGCAAAACACCACAUCACUCUUGCCAUUGCCAUAGUGCUGGCAGUGAUUUUCUACAUCGUCACCAUUGUGUUGUCUGCUCUGGCAGCGUUAGGAAAACAUCCAUUUUUAUCCACCACCGCAAACAUUUCAGAUGAGUUUGUGACCCAGAUCACGCCUUCAGGGUGGACUUUUACCAUCUGGUCCAUCAUUUACAUCUUUAUGGGUUCAGGGGUGCUCUAUGUCUUUGCAGGCAUCUUUAGGAAGAAUGCCUAUGGUUAUGUCUACUGCAGCCCUGCAGUUUUGCCACACGGAUUUUUUGUAACUUUUUGCUUAAAUCUGGGCGUCAAUAUUGGAUGGUUGCUCCUGUGGGACAGAAAGUACACACCUGCUGCGCUGGCUUUCCUCAUCCUAAUCGCUUUGACUAACUACGCUGUAAUAUACUUCUCCUGCCACGGUCUGCAUAACUAUGGAGCUUGGCUCAACAAAUACCACAGAACAGACCUGUUGCUCCAUCAUCUGCUGAUUCAGAACGGCAUUGCCAUCUAUGCAACGUGGACAACUAUUGCCUCCCUGCUUAACCUGACCAUUGUGCUGACGUAUGAUGCAAGCAUGUCCCACGCUGACGGCGCCACUCUUGCUCUUUCUGUUUUGUCCAUUGUGCUGAUAGCGUGGUUCAUCCUGGAAAACUCCAUUCUUGAAAAAUAUGUGAGAUUCAUCUUCAGCAUUUACCCCACUGUGAUUUGGGCGCUGACAGGGGUGUUCACCAAAAACUACAACACCGCAGCUCCUACCCGCAACAACAUCUUUAUCGCUGCCCUGCUGGGUGUAGCCUGUGCCCUGUGUGCCACUCGGAUAUGUUUGGUCAUUUGGAGGCAAAUGAAAAAGCCGCUUUACGAAGACGUAAACCCUGACAAAAUGUCUCCGAUGGAGAAUUUAGAGAAGCAGAAAAAGAUAUUUAAGUGA